CGUCCAUCACACCCGUUCAGCCGCGCGUUCCCGUAGGACGGCACCGCGCCCCACUCCAUCCCUCAGACAGUAGCCGUCGCGCCGCAGUGACGGUGUUUUUCUCCGUCGACGUUAAAUUUAAAUCGUUUUCACAUUUCUCCCGAUCCGGUGGCGAUCUAUUUUACUCUGUUCGUCCGUCGAGUUUGCGUCGUCGUGCUGCAGAUUGGCUGGCGAGUACUCCGUCCGACAGGCGCGCCGAACAUUUCCCAAUAGAGGAUAUCGCGACGUCGUUCCGGUGGACACAACAUGUCGGGCCCGACCCUCAAGAGACUUUCGGCGCAGCCGUUAUCUGUUUUGUUGUUUGUCACGUUGUUGUUUCAAGUGACAAUGACUACAGUAUCUGGCCAAGAAGACAUUCCAGCAGCAGACAUUGAUAAAGUGAUUUCGGAAGUAUUUCCAUCACCACCACCUUCACAGCCACCAUCGGAUCAAUGUAUAUGCGUACCAUAUUAUUUGUGUAGAAACAAGACCAUCAAUACAGAUGGAGAAGGAUUAAUAGAUAUUAGAUUUAAAGAAGGUCCAUGUCCUGACUACUUGAAAGUGUGCUGCUACGACCCCAUGAAAUCGUCAGAAAUUACAAAUACAGCUUACAAGGAGAAGCGUACGAUCUGUGGCCAUCGGAACCCUGCUGGCGUAGGAUUCAGAAUAACAGGAAACUCCCAUAACGAAGCACAAUUCGGCGAGUUCCCCUGGAUGGUAGCGAUUCUUAAAGAAAAUGCAUACAACCAUUCGCAAACUUACUUGUGCGGUGGUUCAUUGAUUCACCCACAAGUCGUGUUGACUGCAGUCCAUUGCAUACACGGCAAAGAUACGAACGAUUUAAUAAUUCGCGCUGGUGAAUGGGAUUCGCAAACGGAAAAUGAACUGUUACCGUCACAAGACGGUCAGGUUUUGAAAAUAAUCAAACACGAACAAUACUAUGGAGGUGCACUUUACAACGAUGUGGCACUGAUCAUUGUAAACCAGCCAUUCUUACUCAGAGAAAAUGUGGGCACUCUUUGUUUGCCAAGUCAGAAUUACAUGUUCUCUAAAGAAAGAUGUCAUGCUAGUGGCUGGGGCAAAAAUAUAUUCGGUAAAGCCGGCGAAUAUCAAGUCAUUUUGAAAAGCAUAGAUUUGCCGAUCGUACCACGUAGUCCGUGCUUGGAUCUCUUAAGAAAGACCAGGUUGGGCCCUAAUUACAAAUUGCACGAGAGUUUCAUUUGUGCUGGCGGAGAAAUAGGCAAAGAUACUUGCCAAGGUGAUGGCGGUAGUCCUUUGGCGUGUCCACUCGAUAAUAAUCCCGAUCAGUAUCAACAGGCCGGAAUCGUAGCGUGGGGAAUCGGAUGCGGCGACGAGACACCCGGCGUAUACGUGGACGUGGCUAGGUUUAGACACUGGAUCGAUGAUCAAAUGGCUAGGGAGAAUUUUGACACGAGCUUCUACGAUCCAUACUUCAUUCCGGAGAAUUAAAUUUUCAUUUUUCUCUACGUCUCUCUCCUUUAGAGACACUCGUUUACCAUCCCACUCACUGACUCUCUGACUCUCUAUCUCGACUCUUAAUAUUUUUCUCUGCCGUCACGCAACCCGUUGAAUGAAGUUAAGAUUGACUAGGUUAAGGUACAAUCGUAUUGGAGUAUCUUAUAGUGUCAAGUGUAUUUAUCAUUAUCAUUAAUUAUUAUUAUUAUUAUUAUUAUUACUUAUUACUAUCGAACAAUAAAUGUCGUAUGAGUUGUGA